AUGUCGACGUCGUAUCUGUCAAUCUACGAUCUCUUGCGCAUCGCGUACACUUACGAGGCACAAGCGCUGGCAGCAGAGUGGCGCAAAGAUGGUUUCAUUGAAAGUAUAGCAAGCUGUCCAACGCCGGAGAUAUGCAAGAACGCCGAGUCUUCACCCUGUUAUGAAGCUCUGGAAACCGAUUUUACGCAAAAGUACGCCCGCAGGAAGAGGGACAGCUGCGUGCCCAUGUCAUGA